ACCCAUGGCCAGCGGUCCCAUGCGUGUAGGCUUGAAUGGAUCAGGGACCUUCAGUUUGACCCCAACCACCCUGUUAACACAGAACUCACAGAACUCAUUAGGGUGAGUGGUAACACUGUACUCAGAACAUACAGUUGUAUUCUAUCAAAAUAAACCCAAUACUGUGUUGUUGAUACAAAACACUCAGUAGUUGCUAUGGAUUCGAAUCAGGAAACCGCUAGAAUGCUGAAACAUGAAAGCUUGCCCCGAACACUUGGUUUGAAGUGGACAUUUGAAGUGAGCAUCUCAUAUAGUUUGACCUAUAGUAGGCCUGUGAGCAGAGAGACAGAGCCACGGGUCACUUCCGCCUGCAUGCCCUGGAGGAGGAGUUUGACUUCACCACCAAGGAGCAGCUGGAGAAGUCCAGCCGCUUUGGUCUCCUGCAGCUGUGGAGCUCUCAUGCUGUGGACGUAAGCCCCUCAAACCCCAUCCCUCUCCACGACAGCGACAUCACUGAACCCAUGUUCGCUGUAAUGCCCUUCUCAUUAUUAGCCUUGUUCCAGAUUAGUUUGUGCUGUCUUGCCAAUUCCUACGGCAUGGUCAUUGGCAUGCCAAUGUUUGGCUGUACAGCACAAACAGAUCUGGCUUUAUCAUCCUCGUACUCUGCA